AUGUCGUCCCGUCCCACUCCGCAGGUGCCGCUGACGUUCGACGACAUCUCGGUGUACUUCAACGAGGAGGAGUGGGAACGCCUGGACCGCUGGCAGAAGGACCUGUACAGGGCUGUCAUGAGGGGGAACUACGAGAUGCUGAUCUCCCUGGACUACGCUGUGGCCAAGCCUGACGUCCUGUCCCAGAUCGAGAGGGAUGAAGAGCUCUGCAUCAAAACCGGUCCGGAGCCCCCGCAGACACGCAUCGAAGAUGGUCCAGUACCCCUGCAGACAGAUGUCCCCAAUGGUCCGGAGCCCCUGCAGACACCAGAAGAAAAGGACCAGAAGGAAAAGGCUUUGGGAGAAGAUAAAGUCCCUGUGGAAGCUGAAGCGGAACGCCCCAUCCUGGUGUUGAAUGUCAUGUCCCUGAGCGCCCAAAAAGAGGAGCUGUGCAGGGAAGACCAGCCUGAGACAGAAAUGGAAGAGGACCCGGCUGAGUCCAGCACCGAGGUGGAUCCCUUUGUGCCACCAGCCCUGACGGCACUGCAGCGGACCGUGGCCUGGUUCUUCCUGCGAGCGAGAGAUCUGCCCCCCGAGAUUAUGUCGGGUCGCUCAGGGCGUUGGGCAGGACGCUGUGGUGGCACCCGCACCUUCCCAAACCACAUUCUCGGAGUUGUUGAGGAAUGCUCUUCAAUGGAAAAUGGAAUGGCGUGUGAAGGGGCUUCACUUAAAAACGUCAAGGUGAAGGAAGAGGAGCCUGAGGAGAUGCAAGAGGUUUCGGCAUCUUCUCCCAGCUCAGAGAUCCGGAAAUGCCCCAAAAGGGAGCAGGUCAAGGCCAAGAGCAAGAAGAAGCCGAGCCGGUCUGAGAGCAGCAGCCUGCUGAUGGGCAACUGUCGACGUGGCUACGUGCGCGAGUGGUCGCACCCCUGCACCGAGUGCGGGAAGCGCUUCCGUCUGAAGAUCAACCUCAUCAUCCACCAGCGGAGCCACGCCAAAGAGGGGCCCUACGAAUGCACGAUGUGCGAGAUCAGCUUCGCGGACAAACGCCACCUGGACCUUCACCAGAGCAUCCACAUCAAAGACAGGGCCUUUGGGGCCAAGGUCUGGGGGAACGUCCACCCGGAGCUGAGGAUCCGGCCGAGGAGGGAUUUCUGCAGAGGUGCCUACAGCGUGGGCAACGGGACCUACGCUGGGGGGUCCUGGCUGGGCCAGGCCAAGGAGGAGCUGGACAGAGGGAGCCUGCCCGGCGCCUGUUUGUCCCAACAGCAGUCUCGUAGCAAGCCUGUGCUGAAAUGCAGGUUCUGCAAAAAGAGUCUCUCGUGCACCUUCUCCCUUCAGCGGCACCUGCAGACCCUCUUGCGGGACAGGCCGUAUUGCUGCGCCGCCUGCAAGAAAUGCUUCACCCGCAGAACUCACCUCUCGCGCCACGAGAAGAUACACGACCGCCAGAAAGCCCUGGCUGCGCUCCAGCAGCCCGCGACUAGGAUAUACUGGUUCUUAGCACUGCCCAGGAAUUUUGCUCUUCAGAAACACAAG